AUGAUUAAUAGCAAUCAGGAACUUUCAGAAGAGGCUAAAAAUGUGUUUAUAUUUUUAGAGUUCACCAGGGACAGGGAUCCAUGUAAUAAGCUGGCUGAAAUAUUGGCAGAGUCAGGGCAAUUGGGUGCCGCCCAACAGCUCCGGGAUUAUAAUAGGUCGGAACAGCCCAUGGUCUACCAGGAUCAAAUUCAAUUAGAUUUAUCUAUGUAUAAAAUGGACUCCAACCCACGUGGCAAAGCUGUCAUAUUUGUCCAGGAUAUAAAAUAUACGAACGAGUCUAUUGUGGUAAACCUGGACAACGAGGGGUUACGAUUCAGGCACAUUUUCGAUCAGCUAGGCUACGACACUCAGAUCCACAUGCGAAAAUCUUGCACCGAGAUAAUGACCACGCUAAUUGAGUAUGCUACUUCUGAACACCCUGGUGACUCAUUCAUAAUGAUGUUCACCGGACAUGGAUUUGAUGGCAAAAUAUGUGCCAACGACAAUUACGAGCAUGAUGUUUUACCCAUUCAACGUGUGCUAGAUUUGUUUUCCGAGAGAAAUUGUCAGCCAUUAGCCGGCAAGCCUAAAGUGUUCCUGUUCAAUUGUUGCCGUGAAAAGCCAAAUCAAAACACCGUGGUUAAAAUUGCAGAUGGCACAUGGAAAAAUAAAAAUAAGCGCACGUUUAUUACGUACAGUUGUGCUCGGGCUACUAACCGCUGUUAUUGA